CCGUUUCCUCCGUCCCUCUCUCCCUCUCUCUCCUUCCCUCCCAUUUCCUCCGUCCCUCUCUCUCCCUCCCCCCUUUAUCUUCACCUUCUCUUCCUUCACAAUUUCCUUUCCCUUUAUCUCCUUCAGUUCUUCAUUUCCUUCAUUUUCUCUCCCGUUCCGUCUCUGUCUCUCUCUCUCUCUCUCUCUCUCUCUCUCUCUCUCUCUCUCUCUACACUGCAUGCUGGGAGAUUGGUGGUGGAGGGUGUGGUGAUUGAGGUGAGACACUCAGCAUGGCAGAACGUCCCAGAGCAGAUUUGAGCAACUCCAUGGCGUGAUGAUGAGCAGGAAUGAUGCGAGGAUAGAAAUGGACCUGGCUUGUGGACUAAUGAAGCCUUAUGGCUCGUCUCGCAGUAUUGUUAGAAGGAUCGGCUCGACCCUCCCUCUCGCACCCUGCCCUCGGAUCCACUUUCAGCUCCAGACGUUCACACUCGGACCUGGAGCAGGAGGUGCGGGUGGUUCAGGAGGACACGGCGGCCUCGUGGCAUCGCUAGCUGACGUAGGAUGGAUUGAACAAGAGGAGAGCAACGUCUCCGAGAGACGACGGUUGGAGGCAGGCUCGGGGCUGGUGUUUCGCGCUCAGCAGUACCCACCUCUCCGACGCCAGCGCUCAUUACCCAGCAUACACCAAGCAGCGGCCACUCCGCAGAGCCAGUCACUCGUCAACGAGCAAGCCAUUCAGAAGAUCAGUGUUCUGGAGAACGAGCUGGCUAAACUGCGAGCUCAGAUCGCUCAGAUCGUACAGGCCCAGGAGCUGAACGCACAGUCUGCAGCCUCUGCUCCAGGUGGUCCUCCUCCUCCACCACCACCUCCUCCUCCUCCUCCUCCUCCACCACCACCACCAGGGAUGCAGAGGAGUGUUUCUGCUAUUGAGCUCAUCAAAGAGCGGCGCAGUAAAAAGUCUGAUCAGAACACUGUGUUGGAGGCGGGGCCUAAACAGCCAGAGAUGCCGAACAUGUUAGACGUGUUGAAGGACAUGGGCAAAGUGAAGUUACGCUCUGUUAAAAAUCGCCUUGAAGAUCACACUACGACCAAAGCCAGCGACCCCGCUGACCCCGCUGCUCUCAUCGCCGAGGCUCUGAAGCGCAAGUUCGCUCAUCGCUACCGCACUGACGGCGAGUGCGAGAGCAACUUCACUCUCCCUGCUCGAGAAUCCAAACCCCACACACAGACUCCUGCGUUCGGACAGCACAUGUUGAAAUCAACAGGAAUAAGAAAACUCAUGUGACGGCGAAUCUGUGAGCAGACUGUCGUGUGUGUAUAUACACACAGGAACAGACGCAACGCUCAGUCUGGUUUUCUGCACCAGUACAGUGUUGCACAGUGCAACAAGAACCUGCUCAUUUUUACACAUUUAUGUAAAAGACCAAAAAAAGUGUGUUCACGCCACGUCAGAAUUAUAGUAAUGUAAAAAGAACACGUCUGGAUUUUUUUUCCCCCCUUGAGCUUUUCAGACUUGAGAACUAAUUUCAAAAGGGACACAUUAACUGCUCUGAUAGCUUGGAAUUAGCCAGACUGUGUUUAAAUUUCACUAAAUGGUUAAAAAAAAAAACCCACUAAAGUUCUACUGCUGCUUAAAGUGCCAUCCCACCAUUGGAUGUAUUCUUUGGCAUAAAAUACAAUAUAUUUUAUGACCACAUGACUAGACAGGGCGGCACGGUGGUGUAGUGGUUAGCGCUGUCGCCUCACAGCAAGAAGGUCCUGGGUUCGAGCCCCGUGGCCGGCGAGGGCCUUUCUGUGUGGAGUUUGCAUGUUCUCCCCGUGUCCGCCUGGGUUUCCUCCGGGUGCUCUGGUUUCCCCCACAGUCCAAAGACAUGCAGGUUAGGUUAACUGGUGGCUCUAAAUUGAGCGUAGGUGUGAAUGUGAGUGUGAAUGGUUGUCUGUGUCUAUGUGUCAGCCCUGUGAUGACCUGGCGACUUGUCCAGGGUGUACCCCGCCUUUCGCCCGUAGUCAGCUGGGAUAGGCUCCAGCUUGCCUGCGACCCUGUAGAACAGGAUAAAGCGGCUACAGAUAAUGUGAUGUGUGUGAUGUGAUGACUAGACAGAGAAAUCUUUUAGCUUCGAAAUGAUAUCAAACAUAAUUUUUUGACAACGACAAGUAUAUUAAUUUUGCGACCAAAGUCACCUACCCUUUUAAUUUCCGCGCGGUAGUGAAACGUGACGUCAUUGGCAGGUUCCCCUUCUUGUGUACCACGUCACGUGUGAUGUGGCACAGAUUAUCAGCAGUGGCGGAUAGAACGCGAUUUCCACUUAUCGAUCGCUGUGCCGAUAUUCACCAUCGACCGUCUCCUUUGGGCAUCACUUGCUAUUUUCCUUCGCUUCUUUUCCGAAGCUGACAAUCACGUUCUAUCCGCCAUUGCUGAUAAUCUGUGCCACGUCACACGUGAAGUGGUACACAAGA